AUGACCCUCGUGUUGGAUCUCGUGUCUGCAGCGGCGGCAGCGUACUCGUGUUCUCCGGUCGUCUCCUCCUCAACACCAGCCAAACUCACCUUGAAUGAUUUCAGUGACGGUGGGGAUGGCGGAGGACCAUCCGAGUGCGACAAUAAUUACCAUAGUAAAUCCGAAAGAGUUGUCGCAUUAUCGACUGGAUGGUACAAUGGCGGAUCGAGAUGCGGUAAAAUGAUACGCAUAGUUGCAAGAAACGGGAGGAGUACGACGGCAAAAGUAGUGGACGAGUGUGACUCGAGGAAUGGGUGUGACAAAGAACAUGAUGGUCAGCCACCGUGUCUUAACAAUAUCGUCGAUGGUUCCGACGCUGUCUGGAAAGCCUUGGGGCUCGACGAGGACAUCGGUGUUGUGCCUGUCACUUGGUCCAUGGCUUGA